CAUCGCUGCAAGAUGCAAUGAAGUCACCAUUAUGAUCAAUAGAAAUUUGGUUGACAGCAACAAUAUGUGCUUGUAGAGUUUUUGAUUGUAUAUUAUUGCCCUGAUGAUCUAAGAGAUGUAUCAUUCCCCAAUGUGAUCCCAAACAAAGAAACUGGAAUAUAUUAUGGCGAAGAUAAAUAUACGAACAAUAGUUAACCUCUCCAAUCAAAUAUAGUUAUGAAUAAUUUCUCUCUACGUAAGACAUAUUAUUGAAAAGGCAUUAUUCAUACCUUAGGAUGCACAGCGAUACAACUAGCAGCAUCAUUUUGUAAAAUAUGUUCCAAAUCAUUUCGCAUUCUAACAUAUUUGAGUUUUGGCUCAAUUUCGUCCACCUCGGAAUCUGAGUCAUCUUGAUUGUUCUGAUCAGUCUGAAAAUUCAAUUUGUUAAAAAUACGCCCUAUUAACGUUUUGUAAAUAAUAUUAUUAUUAUUUCAUUAAUAUCUUUUUCGAAACAUAUUACUUUAGCAUUAUUUUCUUCCAUUAUUUUUUCUUAAUUUUUAUCGACAAAACUUCGAAUGCGCACGACAAAACGACGAACUGUCAAAGUUGUAGCACGUUUUGAUUCCAUCCAAGUCCACCUGCUUUUGUGAACUUCGUUCCUUUCUAUAAUAUACUACGAUCAAUUAAAAACAAAGCGUAAACAAUUCGAGAAUUUAAUUUUGAUUCUCGAAGUCGUUAAAAAGUACAAUGGAUCGAUGAAGAUCGAAUCAGAUGCAAAUAAUUAUUUAGCAGGCCCCUAAAUAAUCAACAGAAAGGAUUAUAUAUGCUUAUAUAUAUAUAUAUAAAAUUUCUAUUUUGUACACAAAAUAAGUAAUAAAAAUAUGCCAGAUAGUGCCAAUCAAUCAGAGAGGUCAUCGGUAACUCGAUCACCUCAACAACGGAAAGAAAUUCUAUGGAAUGCUUUGUCUUGUGCAUUGUCUCUUCGAGAAAGAAAUGAACAUUUAGGUGUUAGUGAUCUUAGAGCUUUGGAAGAAGUUAUGAAAGAAGGCGAUAAUGCUGUUCUAGAAACAAGCCUUAAUGAAAAGAUGAACAAUCAGGAAGAAAUAUUUUUGGAUUCUGAAGCAAUAAAUAUUUCAUCCAAAAUUUUGACAAGAUGUACUAAAUCUUUAACGCAAAAUAUAAGUUCAUAUAAUCAUGUAGAUUUUGCAAAAAAGAUUUUACAAUAUACACGUAAGCUCCCAGAUGAAUUAUUAGAAAAUCCAGAUUGGUCUGUUUUAGAAACAGAAGUAACAAGAUCUUUUAAAAGGAUACCUGAAUAUACUACUUUACUUGGUUUAUUGACACCACUAGAAAAAAAAGAAAUAGUUAAUAAAAAAUCAACAAUUAAAGAAGCUCAAGCCAUAAUGAAAUCACCAGAAAAUGUGGUAGUUGUUAAUAAGGACGAGGAAAGUGUAGAAGAGACAGUAGAUAAAAUUAAGAAAUUUAUCAAAUAUUAUUACAAAAUAAAUCAAAAGCCAUUGGACUUUUAUUGUUUAAUUUUACAUCCAGAUGAUUUUGGAAAAACAAUUGAAAAUAUGUUAUAUGUAUCAUUUCUUAUUAGAGAUGGUAUUAUAAAACUGGAAAGAGAUAAUACAGGAAUACUUGUCAUUCAACUUUGUUCUAAAGAAAUGACAAUACAAAGGAAACAAAUUGGAACACACAUGAAUAUUCAGAAUAUUAUGUCUUUAAAUAUGGAGCAAUGGAAAAUUCUAAAGGAUACAUACAGACUAGAGAAACCUAUGCUUGAUUUUGGGGCUAUUCCUUGCUCUCGCUCUUAAAAUAUGAAUAAAUUCAUAUAAUUUUUAUGUAUAUCCAUAUUGUAUCAAAAAGGACCAAACAAAAAGAAAUAAAUACGAAGAUUAUGGUUUGUUA